AUGGGUUUCCCUUUACGCUUCUUAUCAUCAUUGUCGUUGUGCCUCUUGGCCCUCCUCCUCCACCGGGCCACGGUGACAAGUGGGUGUUUCAGCUUGGAGAGGGAGGCACUGUUGGACUUCAAAGCCGGCAUCCACGACACCCAUAACCGGCUAUCUUCUUGGGUAGGACAAGACUGCUGCGCAUGGGCGGGGGUCAUCUGUCGCGCCACCACUGGCCACGUCGUCAAGCUGGACCUCCGGAACACGAAUACGCUUGAUGGGGCAAUACGCGGUGAGAGGAUGAACUCGUCAUUACUUGCUUUAUCUCAUCUGAGGCACUUGGAUCUUAGCUUCAAUGAUUUCAGAGGGAUCCGCAUGCCGGAAUUCAUCGGCUCCUUCAAGAAACUGAGAUACCUUAAUCUAUCUUCUACAAAUUUCAUGGGAGGAAUACCUGCUCGGCUGGGGAACCUUUCGAGCAUCUACGUUCUUGAUCUAAGCGAUGCUUUAUACGUCGAUGGUUAUGGCAACGGAUAUCCCGUCGACAACCUCGACUGGCUCUCCCAUCUCACGUCCUUGAAGCACCUGGACUUGAGCGGGUUGAACCUAACCGAUGUCCCAGAUUGGUUCUCGUCGGUGAACAUGCUGCCGUCCCUCCAGGUGUUAAACAUGUCUUACGUUGGUCUCGAUACCAUCCCUGCUUCUGUUGUCCAUGUCAACUUCACCUCCUCUCUUACCGUCCUUGAUCUCUCCACUAAUAAUUUCGACUCCACCUUACCCAAAUGGUUGUGGAAUAUUACUAGUCUUACCCAUCUUGAUCUCUAUUAUUCUGGGUUCCAUGGCGUUAUUCCUGAUGCAAUUGGAGACUUGGGCUCUCUUACUUUUCUUGAUCUAGGAGUCAAUCAACUCGAGGGUACCGUACCGAGAUCCAUGGUUGAUCUUCGUAGACUGAAAGAAUUACAUAUGCCAGGCAACCAAUUGAUAGGAAAUUUGAGCGAUUGGCUGGAGCAAAUGACGGAUCUCAUCAUUUUGGAUCUCCAUUAUAAUUUAUUCAACGGUUCCAUGCCUUCCUCCUCCGUUGGUAUGUUGUCUAAUCUCACUGAAUUGUAUCUCGGUGGAAAUUCUCUUGGAGGUGUUAUUUCAGAAGUUCAUUUUGAGAAUCUUACGAGAUUGCAAGUGUUGGACUUAAUGGUUGCAGUUUCAAACACAGAUCCAAGUUUUAUCCAUGGAUUAUUGUAA